AUGCCUCUCCAAAGGACCUUCACCGUCAUCCAGCCGGUUGGCGAGCCUGCCGACGGCUUCCGGCCGCCGCCGAGGCCGAUGACGUCGAAGCAAGUCCGCGAGGCAUACAAGGCGUCUAACCGCGGGCCGCCGCUCUCCCGCGCCGAGCGAAUCCGGCAGGAAAAGGCUGAGCAGGAGCGCAUACGCAAGGAUCUCGAUCGUGAAAGGUCGACGGCGCGCGCGAGGCUCUUGCGGGAGAGGAAGCGUGACAAGGAAUUGGAGGUGAAGGCGUUGAAGCGGAAAGAUCGGCUGCCACUCGUCACCGUGCGACCCAGCCAGGACACCAUCGCCCGGUUUGUGAGGGGUAACGGCGCUGGUAGGAAGAGGGUCGCCGACGGUCACCCGAUCGAGCCGUCGGACAAAGUCCAGCCCGUCAGAAAGCAGCCGAAGUUGUGGGAAUUGAUGGACGGUUCGGAUUUGAUACCCGACGACGACGGGCUUGACCUAGAUUCCUUGGAGAAUCCGGAGAUGAGGGCAGCAACCGAGAGAGAUUUGACAGCCAAAGCCGACGGGCUCGAUCGAUCGAUUCUGGGCCAAUCAACCAAGCCUGCUGUCCUCCCCGAGACUACAGUUCUGCCCGAGAGCGAGCCACGGAGCCAGGCUGGCCUUGCGACCGCUGGAGAGGCCGAUCUUGAACUGCACAUCGGCACGUCCGUAAAGCCCGAGCAAGGUCCACCGCUCGUCAAGCAGAACGACGCCCAUUCGCCGCGAGACACCUUGUCAUCGCCGCCACGCCAGGAGCCCCCCUUGAGCACGCAGGCGAUACUGGUAAACUACGACAACUUUUUCCCCUCCUUCUCCCAGCAAGAGCGUGAACUUUUAGAGGAGGGGAUGGAAGACGCUCCGUCGAGGCUUCCCAAACCACGGCUGCGUCGAACGCUGGCUGCCAAUGACCGCCGGACAGACACAUUGCGGGAACGGUCCGCCGUUCAUCCCCCAACAAGCAUCGCUACCUUGUCCGACUCCGACGUGAUCGGCUCUCCUGCUCUGCGCGGCCGCCAGAACGCAACCUUGGGCGCCAUUCGCCAACAGCCGUUGCCGCAGCAGCGGUGCACGACCGCCGGGCAGCUGAAGGAGCCAUGGCCAAUGAUGCAAGCCCCAGGCCCCAAGGUGACCUGGCAUCCAGAGAUCAAAGUUGCGCGGGUUACCAAGCAGCCGCCACCUCCUCUGCCCGCCGAGGCGAAGGGCCUGCAACCGCUCGAGGCGGACAAGGAGAAUGUGCCGGGCCCGCAUGCGGGUUCUCCUCCCGACGAUCUCCUGAGCGCAUCGCAGGAGACAGAGUACGGUGGCGGAUGGGUCGACGAGAUGGCAUUGGAACUUGCGAUUUGA